UUGCUCCUACUCUCACAAUAGCUCCCACUCUCCGUCCCUCGAAGCCCAAAGAUUGCUGGUGCUUUCGAGCAUCCAAAUUUGGCGCUUCUCAACGCGCUUUUAUGGAGCCUUAGCUUACGGUCCGUCUCCGUCUCCUUCCUCUGCAUCGCGGGAUUUCUUAGUAUUUCAUAAAUAUUUUUAAAAUGUUUUCUUUGGUGUUUACUGGCUCGGUAUGGAGGAUCGCAGAGCCGUCGAUGUCUUUUCGGAGACGACCGAGUUUGGAGAGCUCUUCCGCUUGUGCCUUCGUCAACUUUGGAUCCCAGAAUGGGAUCGCAUUAUCUCAAGGGCUUUUCGUCCUAGGGUUGAAUCUCUUGGAGGGGCUGCCAUUUUUAAAGAUCCAACUAGUUAGAUCCACAUUCUCCAUAAUAUGUGAAUAAAUUCGUCUCCGCCAAAUCAGACACGAUUGAAACUUUCUGUGCAGGAAGUGGAGUAACAUGGUCAAAGUCAUUUGUUUUGUCACUAGUCUAUGAUGCUACCAAGACCUUUUUUGUUGUGCACUCCUACGAUUAAAAUGCGAAACGGCGAUUGUUUCAGAUUCUGAUGAACAGAACUGGAGCAGUGUAUAUCCUAGGCCAAAAAUGUGGACGGAUAAAACUAGGAAAUCUGUUAAGCGGUUUGCGUAUCUGCUUUUGGAGGAUGGGGAUCAAUAUAUUCAAGAUUGGAUUGCUUCCUGUCGACCUGGAUUGGUUGGACCUGGUGCACAGAAGAUCGUCCGUACGACAACCGGCAUUCGAGCAAAUAACCUCAGGUAUCUAACUUUUGUGCCGUUGUACUCAUGCUGUUCAUUUCUUUUGCAGCCCUCUCAGCAGAGAAAGUUGAAAGGUCGCUUACGGCUAUGUGCACGAGCUAUAUUUUUUGAGCCUGAUUAUAUCAAGGCUCCUAUUCUCAUGUUUCCUUUUUCAAAAAUAACAAAGAUUGAGCAACUCGUAGAACCCUCGCCAACUACAUCUACUCCUACCAGCAAAUGGAAGAGUCGGCAGGAAGGCUUCGUAUUGAACACCAGCAUGGUUAUAAAAAUGAAAGAGGAUGGGAUUGAUGCUCCGUAUGUAUUUGAAAAGAAGAGCAGCAUCUGGUGGUUCUCGUUGGAGUUUGCUCCUGUUCAACAGUUUUUACAUCAAGCGCAGUCAUUGUUAUCCAUAAAUGCAUUACCAUUUGCUGAAAGAGAUAUGGUAUUACAAAAUGCAGCGGCUCAAAGAGAAGCCAAGGCGCAGUUUGACAAAAGUCGCCUAGUAGAUCUUAGUGAGUACGUCUUACUCGAUCUUCCAGCCUUUCAGGUGACCCCAUUGGUUCGAGAACCAGGUCGACUGGUGCUAACCCAGGCUCGUAUCUAUUUUCAGCCACUGCAUAAUCUAAACGAUGACAAUCCAGUCCGAUCACAACCUUACAGCGAAGUUUUAGCUGUAGCACGUCGGCGGCAUUCGCUGCGACCUAUUGGACUAGAAAUAUUUUUCAAGAUUGUUACUGAGUCAGGGGCUGCACCUGGUGGUGGAGUUGCUGAGGGUGCAAGUGCUUUUUUCACCUUUCGUGAUUCUAAUCUACGUGAUCAGGUUGUAUCCAUGCUGCUCGAACAAUUAGGGGGACAAUCAGGUGCUGCUGCCGCUGCAGGAUCACUUCUUGAAGCUGACAGUUCCUGGCUUAACAGAGUCACUGCAGCCUGGCAGGCAAGGCUUGUCUCAAAUUACGACUAUUUGAUGUAUCUCAAUUUAGCAGCUGGACGUAGCUUCUGUGAUCUAACGCAAUGGCCAAUCAUGCCAUGGAUAUUGUGUGAUUAUAAAAGUUCUAAAUUGGAUCUCACAGAUCCAAGUGUGUAUCGUGACCUAUCCAAGCCUAUUGGAGCUCUUAACCCUACACGUCUCGAUGUUUUCCUGGAACGCUUCUCACAAAUGCCGCAAGAAGACUAUUCAAGGGCUCCGUUUUUAUAUGGAACUCAUUACUCCACCCCUGGAUAUGUCCUUUACUGGCUUGUUCGAGCUGCUCCCGCUCACAUGCUUCGCCUUCAGAAUGGCAGGUUUGAUUCUCCUGAUCGCCUCUUCGUCAGUGUAGCAGAGUCUUGGGAAAGUGUACUUAACAAUCCAGCUGACCUAAAGGAGCUGAUUCCUGAAUUUUACGCCCCUCCUUCUGACUUCCUAGUGAAAAGAGAAGGUUUGAACUUGGGUAUUCGUCAGAAUGGAGAGCCUGUGGGUGAUGUCAAGUUGCCCCCUUGGGCGAAUGAUCCUGAUGAUUUUAUUUCUAAGAAUCGGCAAGCAUUGGAGAGUCAGCAUGUAUCGAUGCGGCUACAUUCUUGGAUAGAUUUGAUUUUUGGUUACAAACAACGAGGAGAGGCUGCUUUGGCUGCAAACAACCUGUAUCAUCCUCUAACGUAUGAAGGAGUAGUUGAUCUGGAUAGCAUUGACGAUCCAGUUGAGCGUGCAGGGCUCGAGGCUCAGAUUAACGAGUUUGGUCAGGCACCAAGACAGCUCUUCACUAGUCCUCAUCCUUCCAGGUUACUGAAAAGAACGGCAAUGGUUGUUAACAGUGACACCCUUUCGAACUAUAGUGCCAAGUCAGAAGGUUUUCGUGGUCUGAGUAUGGAGUUCGUGUCACGCAUCAUGGCUCUUGCCUCCUCUUCAUCAGAUAAUGUUGGUACUGUGACUCCCCUUGUUUCUGCCUCUUCUAUCAAAUUUCAGAUUCCUUCUGAUGAGCUUACAACCAAAGCAACACUUGUGACGCCUCCCAGAAAGUUGAGGUCUGGAACACCCGUCCCAGCCGGAAUUUUGAAAAAUAAAGCACAUUUCAUGACUAGCGACAGUGACACAGAAGACAGUCCCAUGGGUAGACAUCACGAUGAUGAGUAUGCGGAAAGCGAUGGGAGAAAAUCUGAAGAUGUUUCAGAUUGGCGUAUUGAUUCUGCAGUUUCAUCUUCUGGUUCAGAUUUCGCUCUAUCCGAAGACCCAUUUGAUGUAGUUAAAAAUGUAGUGAUUCAGUUGCCGAGUAAAUUGCGCCGGAACAGCACUGAGACCAGAGUUGGUCACGAGCGUGACAAUUUGGAGGAUACUGAACCAGAAAGGCGUUAUCCGGAAGCUGGUGUGGUUCUUCAAAAUGUAGAAAAUGUUGAUGAAACAAUGGCAUGGCAUUCCAUGUUUCGUCAGAGGCUUUCUGAACCCCAAUGUCUAAAAUUGCACCGGAGCCCUGUGAAUGGAUGUGUCCUCUCAGAAGAAAAUGCUUCAGGAUCUGUAACUAUGUACUCUGUCGACAAGGAUGGGUUCAUAAAGUGUUGUGUGCGACAACAGGUCUAUUCGAUCUCCGAGGGUUUUCAGGUCCGAGCAACAAAGCUUGGAACUUUGCCACUCUCAUGCCUAGCUCUAGCAAAGAGCUCAGACGCCUACCCGACUGUGUUAGCUGGAUCCUAUGAUGAUUUCGUCUAUGUGUAUUCAGUAGACUAUGGGCGAGCUCUUAGCAAGAUGAGAGUGCAUGAUGAGACAGUGUCUUGUGUGCGAAUGUCAAGCAGCAGUAGCGAGCGAAUGCUGACUGCCUCGUGGGAUUCUACAUUGAAACUCUGGUCAAUCGGUGAAGGUCGAGGGAGCUGGGCUGCGGGCACUGCAGCACCUGAGGCUGAGUUUUUGGAGCACGAUAGUGCAGUAUGGUCUCUCGAUGUCCAGCCUGAAGGAAACUUCGCAAUUUCUGGUGCUGAAGAUGGCACAAUUCUUGCUUGGGACUUGAGGAACCCUACCUCUUCUGUUUGGCGGUGUAGUGGUGGUGGAUCUGCCACAGGAUUACGUCUUACUGAUGAUGUCAAUCAAGUAGUUGCGGCAUCAACCGACGGUUCAUUGCGUGUGCUUGAGACAAGGCGGUCGGGUGCUGUGCUGGCUAGUAAGGAGUUUAAGAGCUCUUUGCGAUGCUGUGAGAUUGCCGGAGAUUUGAUCAUCGCUGGAAGUGCGGAUGGAUCUUUGUUUUUCUGGCCACAUAUCUUUCCUUCCAGUGGUAGCACGUCGAAAACGACGGAGUUGGCGACUGAGUUCUUGGAUUACUCCCCUUUACGAGACCACACAGACUCCAUUAACUGCCUGUCUUUGACCUGCCAUGCAAACGGGCGUGCUGCUAGCUUUGCUACUGCAUCAAAUGAUUGCAGCAUCAAUGUUUACAGCGUUGGAGACAGAUGACCGGAAAUUCUGCCGAUUGAAAAAUUCACCUUGAUGUAUCCACCUUGUAUACGAGUCAAAUGGUCAUCUGAUAGAUACUCAUGAGGACAUAUAGUUCUGCUAUUCGUACUUACGAGUAAGCAUUGUGACAUCUUGUAACCGUAUCGAAGUAAUAAACACUUGGGCAGUCCUUCACUUGAGUUGUGAAAGAUUAGCCCAGUUGACAACCGGAUAAUA